AUGGAUGACUCGGUAACCCUUCCAUGUGGGAAACAGCUGCGGAACCGCCUAGUAAAGGCGGCAAUGUACGAGGCUAUGGCUAACUUUGGUGGAGGCCCGCCAACCCAACAGCACUAUGAGCUUUACUCACGUUGGGCCACCGGAGGGUGGGGGAUGAUUAUUACGGGUAAUGUACAAGUAUGUCAAUCACACCUUACACUAGGGAGAGAUGUCAUAUUACCAAGAACUGCAGCUGAAAUGGAGUGCUUCAGACACUGGGCGUACUGCAUGAAGUCAUUCUCGGAAAAAGGGAGUCCUGUAACAAUCAUGCAGCUAAGUCAUGCGGGUAGACAGUCACCCCGAUUCAUAGGAGGGCGGAACCCGUGGACACCUCCAUCGGCUCCUUCCGCUCAGCCGAUGACUCCGCGAGAAGGCAUUCUCUCCCGUCUAGUGUUUUCAAUCUUAUUCCAGCCCCCUCAUCCUUUGGACAAAGUGGAAAUCGGGUCUGUCGUCUCCGCAUUCGUAUCUGGUGCGCUUGUUGCGUAUGAUUCCGGGUUUGAUGGUAUUCAACUACAUGCUUCCCAUGGAUACCUACUAUCGCAAUUUCUUUCCAUCAAAAACAAUGGUCGGACAGACGAUUACGGCCCACCAAACGAGCUUAAACUCCUCCACGACAUAGUGUCUACCAUACGUGCAGAGCCCCGAAUACCGGACUCAUUCGUAAUUGGUGUCAAGCUGAAUGCUGGGGACUACGCUGGCGAUCAAGCCGCCGAAGAGCACGCUCUCUCCCACGUGCGAUCAAUCGCAGCAUGGCGAAAAGUCGACUUUCUGGAGAUCAGGUUAGUUGGACAAGUGACGCACUUUACAUUUUGUAACCUGUUUGAGUUGUUACAAGCGGAGGGGACUAUGAAUCACCUGAUUUCAUGGGAAGAGCCAGUCCUCGUCAGGCUUUCUUUUCACGCUUCUCCCGAAAAGCCCUAG